AUGGAAGAAUAUCGUCGAUUAUAUUAUAAUUCAAUGUGUAAUCAAUCGAAAUUUGGAUAUUUAGAUAGUUGGCAAUUUCUUGCAACAGCUUCCCAUUCAUUAUCUUUUAUUCUAAUUCCGCUAAGUUUUUAUGGUAGUUAUUGUAUUAUUUUUAAAACUCCUUAUAAAAUGCGACGAGUCAAAUGGAUUAUGUUGAAUUUGCAUGUUUGGACUGGAAUUCUAGAUGUUAUGUUGACAACUUUGAUCACUCCAUAUUUUUUCUUUCCAGCUGCUUGUGGUUUUCCAGUUGGAAUUCUAGCAGUUUUUAAAGUUAAUGUGAAACUCCAAAUUUUUAUGGGACAAUGUUGUUGUGGAGGUAAAUAAUUUGCUUUGGAAUUUCAUAACUUUCAUUUUUUCUAGGAUUGUUUUCAAGUCUUCUAUUGCUUUUCGAAAAUAGACAUAAUAGUUUGGUCACUUCAAAAUUCAGAAUUCCAAACAAUACUUUUCGAAUCAUAUAUUUCUUUUUUGUUUAUUUAUAUGGAUUUGGAUUAAUGUUUCCAGCUUAUUUAAAUGAACCAAAUCAAAUUGAAGCAAAACUUACAAUUCUUAGAACGGUAAAUCAAUAAUUUCAAUCUGAUCUAAGAUUGUCUGUUUUCAGAUACUACCUUGCCCGACUACAGAAUUUUUCGAUUCUCCAGUUUAUGUUCUUAUUCUUGAUACAAAUUAUGUUGUAUUCCCAAUUAUUUUAUACAUUUUCAUAAUGGGAAUACAACUUAUAUUCUUCGUUGUUCAUAGUUUUUUUUAUUUAUUUUGUAUUUCUUCAAAAAUGUCAAAUAGAACAAAAGAUCUACAGAAAAAAUUUCUGAUUGGUGUUUGUAUCCAAGUUGCAAUUCCAAUCGGAGUUUUACUUGUUCCAGUUAUUUAUUGUGUAUGCUCAAUUUUAUUGGGUUAUUAUAAUCAAGCAAUGUUGAAUAUUGCUGUAUUAUUUAUAUCUCUUCACGGGAUGUCAGCUACAAUUGUUCUAAUUUAUAUAAAUGAACCAUAUCGAACAUUCACAAUUCGAUUAUUUCGAAAAACCGAUCAUUCAACAGCAAAUAAUUCAACUCAAGGAAGACGAUUUGCAACUACUUUUACCACUGAGAAAACCAUCGUGUUUUGA